CUGAAUUGUGUUGAUGGAUGUUUGUAAACAAACAACCUUCAGAACUGGUACAGGUACACAGCAGUUUGUUUUCCAAUUUUUUUCUAAAGCCUUGCUAAAUUUUUAAAAAUAAAGAAAUAUUACAGCACAUAUAAAUAGAGUUAUUUAUCCAUGCGAGAAAGUAGAUCACAAAGAUGUCGAAAAGAAAGAAAGGAAUCUCAGCGGAUGAGAAGAAAUCCCUGCUGCUUGAAAUAUUCCAUCAAUCCAAAGAAUUCUACCAGCUCAAAGAUCUGGAAAAGGUUGCCGUCAAAGACAAGGGUCUGAAGGAGCAAGCCGUGAAAGAAAUUCUACAAUCGCUUGUCGACGAGGGCCAAGUGGAAACGGAUAAAAUUGGUUCCUCUCUGUACUACUGGUCCUUUCCUGGCAAAAAGCGAAAACAGAAGCAGCUGGAAUUUGAACGACUUAAGCUAGAAGUGGAGCAAUCGAAUGAAAAAAUCGUGGGGCUUCAAGAAAGGAUACGGGCAACCAAGGAAUCCCAAGGAGAAUCCUCGAGAAGCGCAGACAUAUUUCAGAAAUUGAACGAUCUCAAACAAAAGGAGAAACGUCUGUCUUCACAACUUGAAAAAGCAAAAUCGAAACAAUCCGAUAAGAAUAACUUUCAGAAGAUGAACAGGGAUCUUCCGGGCCUGCACGAUGCCGCCAACCGCUGGACGGACAACAUAUUUUCGAUAAAGUCAUGGUGUAAAAAUCGCUUCAACAUUCAGGAAAAUCUCAUGGAUAAGCAGUUUAAAAUUCCGCCGGAUCUGGACUAUCUAGAAUAAAG